CACGAUGACACUCUCGAUCUUGCUUCCCCGCGCUGGUUUACACAGUGACCAAGACAAAUCACUCCUCGGUUGGUGGAUGGUGGUUGGUGCGGUGGGGCCGGCACUUCGCGAAGUUGUGCUAUUGGCAGGCAGGAACACGUCGACUGCCAUUGCUUUGCCUCGAUCUCUGCAAUCUAUUCCUGCUUGUAGACUUACACAAGAUACUUCCACUCUGCAGUAGACUAAUUGCCUCGAAUCGAUCGGUACAGUACCAACCUUGCUUGCUUGAGAGCCUUGCUUGAGAAAGCUAUAGAUACCCAGCAAGCAAAGAAGGAUCUCUCCUAUAAGCAACUCAUAGCAAGAUCGACAUCAUGGGAAAGAGCGACAGCAAGUUGGAUCGGUACCUGAACGGCCUGGUGUUGGCGUCCACCUUUGUGGUGGUAUUGCUGGUGCCUGAUCACCUAGCAGCCAUGCUGCUGCCCUACCUGGCCAUCAGUGAACAACGAGUCACGACAAUUGCGGUGGACAAGAACACAGGGCAUUUGCUGAAUGUAGAUGUGGCCGGUUUGUCCCAGAAUUGUACCAAUGCGUGGAAGAGUCACCAGCAAACAACAGCAGAAAAGGCAACCGCCACCACCACCAAGACAACAACCACAUACCCUGGAGAUGGAGUUUGUUCGCUCGUGCCUGCCGACAAGUCGUCAUCCCAUUUGUGGAAUGAACACUUGACGGAAAUUCUGCACGCUGCCUCCUCUUUGGAGGAAGAGGAUAUUGCCAGUCAUUUGGUAACUUCCAAACUCCUCCAAUUUUUGACGCCCUCGCGGUAUUUGGAAAUUGGACAUCGAGCUCAGCCAUCCCGACAAGCAUGGGGGAAUCUGUUGGAAAAAGUUCAUGCUCGCAUGACAUCCAAAGAUGCACCCGUGGUCAGAGUUGUAGUCUUUGGGGCGGUGCCUCAUUCCUGCAGCAAUAAUCAUCAUGAACCCAACGAAGAGCAAGGCCAGGAUUGUUUGUGGCCCGUGCGAUUGGAACAUUUAAUCAAUUCCAUGCUCCGCAGCGGUGAUGCUGACAAGAAACGAAAAAUUGUCAAGAUUACACCCAAGUUCCAUCCACUCGUACCGGUCACUACCGAAUUCGAUACUGCCAUUGUCAAAAAUGGACUCUGGAAACAACAACCCGAUGUUAUCAUCAGUUCCUUCACGGCAGAGGACAUGUACCUGCCCAAGCGAGGAUGGGAUACUGCCACGGAUAUCAACUAUUAUCAUCACCGACGUCAGGUCAUUCAGGAAUUUAUCCGAGCCUGUUUGGACCUACAACCCUGUCCACGACAACAGUCUCCUCUACUCAUCAACAUUGAUGAUUAUGUGGUCGGAAAUGCUCACAACAAUCAACUUGUACAACUCGGACCGGUCUUGGCAGAAACCACGCAGGCAAGAGUCCUCCAAUUGCUCUCCGACUAUUAUGGGACGGCCCUUGUCAGCUACGCCGAAGUCGUUCGAAAACUCGUUUACGCAUCGAAGAAUCUUCACUCUCCCUUGGUACAAAACCUUGCCAAGACUUUGUCAUCAUCCGACAGGCAACACGGCACGGUCGAUUCGGAAUAUUUGGGCCCGAUUGCCAUGACGCUAACAUUGGCAUAUUCCUUUCUGAAAUACACGGUCACUUACUGCUCGGACCAAGCCAUUCAUAAGAGUGACGAGGAAAAUCCUAUCAUUGCCCUUUCCAUUCGGCAGUUGGCUGAAACCGUGCCUCCUCAACUCAACACGGACCUGUGCUUGACCAACGUGACCAAAUUUUGGGAAGAGGAACAUCAACACCGAAACGAACAUUGCAGUGGCGCAGAGCUGGUGGCAAGGGCAACCGCCGCCACCACCAGCUCGUGCGCCUUUGCAUUUUGGGGUAGCACUCAAGCCACAGAACAGGACCUGGAGGGGUACCUGACCAAGUUUGUGUCUGACAAACGAGGGUGGGAAGCUCGGCCGGGGGGUCAACUCGUGGCAACUCAAAAUGGAGCCGCUGUCAGUUUCACAUUCCCUGUCCCUUCCGCAAGCCAGCAGCAGAAGAGAUGGUCCAUUCAGCUAUUCUCCACGGUAAAAGAUGCCGCUGCAUCGUCUGUUGCCUCCAAACUGAAGUGGGAAGUAUCUGCAAGAGGCAAGCGGCGGUCAAGACGUCUGGAACAGCAACAAAACGCAACCAGCACAUCAACUUCAGGAAUCGUUGAGGGUACUCACGAUUCUCCGCACACGGUAGCCUUACCCUCAACCAUUUGGUUGGACAAUCUACAAGGCAUGGUACCAUCCCAUGUUGACUUGAAACUGGAACUCGUUGAGGGAGACGAGUUUGAAAUUGUCGCCAUGAUGUUCUGUAGUAGUGAUAGUAAAAACUAGCCGUUGUUUGUAGCGUUGUCCCCACGCUGAUGAUGAAGCUCGUUGGAUACAAGACAAAAAAAACCGCA